AUGCCGCCGCACAGCAUGACGACAAACAACAUGACGAUGCCGCCGCACAGCAUGACGACAAACAAUAUGAACACGGCACCAGCAACCGCAACAACAACAGUAGCCACAACAACCAAUACAACACUGAUUACCAACACCACAGUGAUCGUUCUUGGGACGCCUGUUGGCCGGACCGGAUGUGGGACCCAACAGAUCUGUGGGUCUGAGCCCUCUGACUGUGACCCCUCAUCAUCUUCAUCAUCGUGUUUCUUCGUUUCUGCCAAGCAGAGGGACGGUCAGAACUUUGAGUUUUCCAUCUCAGGGGAGUCAAGUGGCUACAUCGCUGCCACGGUGUCAGCUGACACCACAGUGGGAGGUAACGACACAACCUACAUCUGUGCGAACAAUAAUGGCAAAGUGAAAUUCUUCAGCGCUCUCCUCGACAACGACAAGCUGACACUGACAGAGCUGCCUGUGAACUCGGUGCAGGGCCGAGUCGAUGGAAACCUGAUCCAGUGCACGUUUGUUGCCACUUUGGACCUGUCCACCACAAGAGCAGCAGCAACAAGCGCCUCACUGUCACUCUCCACCGGGACCUUUGACAACACUUCUGGAUCUCUGGGAACCCCCGACAGCAAAUUUAGGAGCGGAGUCGUAGACCUGAGCGGUUCUAAUGCCACCAUCUCUAAUGAGCUUACCACCACAACCACGACCGCCAACCCAAUGACCAACACCAUGACGACGCCAACGCACAGCAUGACCAUGACGACAAACAACAUGACGAUGCCGCCGCACAGCAUGACGACAAACAAUAUGAACACGGCACCAGCAACCGCAACAACAACAGUAGCCACAACAACCAAUACAACACUGAUUACCAACACCACAGUGAUCGUUCUUGGGACGCCUGUUGGCCGGACCGGAUGUGGGACCCAACAGAUCUGUGGGUCUGAGCCCUCUGACUGUGACCCCUCAUCAUCUUCAUCAUCGUGUUUCUUCGUUUCUGCCAAGCAGAGGGACGGUCAGAACUUUGAGUUUUCCAUCUCAGGGGAGUCAAGUGGCUACAUCGCUGCCACGGUGUCAGCUGACACCACAGUGGGAGGUAACGACACAACCUACAUCUGUGCCAACAAUAAUGGCAAAGUGAAAUUCUUCAGCGCUCUCCUCGACAACGACAAGCUGACACUGACAGAGCUGCCUGUGAACUCGGUGCAGGGCCGAGUCGAUGGAAACCUGAUCCAGUGCACGUUUGUUGCCACUUUGGACCUGUCCACCACAAGAGCAGCAGCAACAAGCGCCUCACUGUCACUCUCCACCGGGACCUUUGACAGCACUUCUGGAUCUCUGGGAACCCCCGACAGCAAAUUUAGGAGCGGAGUCGUAGACCUGAGCGGUUCUAAUGCCACCAUCUCUAAUGAGCUUACCACCACAACCACGACCGCCAACCCAAUGACCAACACCAUGACGACGCCAACCAUGACGACAAACAAUAUGAACACGGCACCAGCAACCGCAACAACAACAGUAGCCACAACAACCAAUACAACACUGAUUACCAACACCACAGUGAUCGUUCUUGGGACGCCUGUUGGCCGGACCGGAUGUGGGACCCAACAGAUCUGUGGGUCUGAGCCCUCUGACUGUGACCCCUCAUCAUCUUCAUCAUCGUGUUUCUUCGUUUCUGCCAAGCAGAGGGACGGUCAGAACUUUGAGUUUUCCAUCUCAGGGGAGUCAAGUGGCUACAUCGCUGCCACGGUGUCAGCUGACACCACAGUGGGAGGUAACGACACAACCUACAUCUGUGCCAACAAUAAUGGCAAAGUGAAAUUCUUCAGCGCUCUCCUCGACAACGACAAGCUGACACUGACAGAGCUGCCUGUGAACUCGGUGCAGGGCCGAGUCGAUGGAAACCUGAUCCAGUGCACGUUUGUUGCCACUUUGGACCUGUCCACCACAAGAGCAGCAGCAACAAGCGCCUCACUGUCACUCUCCACCGGGACCUUUGACAACACUUCUGGAUCUCUGGGAACCCCCGACAGCAAAUUUAGGAGCGGAGUCGUAGACCUGAGCGUUUCUAAUGCCACCAUCUCUAAUGAGCUUACCACCACAACCACGACCGCCAACCCAAUGACCAACACCAUGACGACGCCAACGCACACAUGA